UAUCCAUCCCAAAAAAAAAUUCAAUCCUAAUUACGAGUCUGGACAUAUGCGUGUCUGCAUGUCAAGGUACGUAGCUAGAAUUUUUUUUAGACAAAGUGGUACAUAUGAUAAAGGUUGGAGAAGAGCAGUAAACAGGGACACCACAUCGUCGUCAAUGGCGUCUGCGGCGAUGAGCAGCAACAAGAAGGAGCUGGAAGCCCUCCCAAUCGUCGACGCCGGCGAGGUUCGUGAGCUCAUGAGCUCCGGCCACCAUUACCUCGAUGUCAGGCUUGGGAAGGAUUUUGACAAGGCGCAUGCUGACGGUGCUCGCAACAUUUCCUACUACCUCUCAGUGACUCCCAGUGGGAAGGAGAAGAACCCACACUUUGUAGAUGAAGUGGCUUCACUCUUCGGCAAGGAUGAGCACCUGAUUGUGGCUUGCAACACAGGUGUGCGAUCCAGGCUCGCGACUAAGGACCUUUUGGACGCGGGAUUCAAGAAUGUGAGGAACCUGAAAGGUGGUUACCAAUCAUUUCUCCGAAGUGAAAGCCAGCAACCUGCAGCUCAUCAACAGUAAUUAUCAGCUGCAGUUCCCCUGCUCGGUGCUCGCUAUCCGGGAGAUGGAAAAUCGUUUUCUUCUUAUGCAUAAUUUCAAUGGUCGUGAAGACGAAUAAAUCAGGAUCAGUUGAAUCCAAGCUUUGCAGUGUGUACGGUUUAGCAAGAAAAUCUCAUAAUGUCAUCAAUCAAUAAACCUUCAGAAAAUCUUUAAGAAGUGUUGCCAUCAGUGAGGCUAAUGCCAUGUCAACUGCUUCUGUUGUACUCAUCUGCCGCUAUAUUAUAUUCAGUAACUUGACCUUAAUUUUAUUCCAUUUUACAAUACCUUUUUCUGAUUAA